UGUGCAGCGCAUUGCAUUGCAUGGCAUGCACACGACACAUACAGUGCGGUACGCAUUUUCGUUUCUGGCGCCGCGGAACCAACCCGGAAAUAGCACAUGAAAAGUGAUUUUUGUUGGCGUGGUGCACCGGUAUUUCUCGUGAAAAAGUCGACUUUUUGCAGUCCUGGUAAUAGUGUAUUCGGUGAAGAUAUCUGAGGAGUGUUGGAGUGUCUGGAGUGGUGUUCGUUGGGCAUAAAUUCAGAUAGUGCGUUGCCAUGGGCAACCUGUUGUUAAAACUUCGAGGUCCACAGGAUGACGACCCACAGAUCUUUAUUGACUUUGAAAAAGCAGAACCCAAGGAAAAUGAGGAGGAGCUUUACAACAUGGCGGAGGAUGUCUUACGGGAGGCAGAUGAGAUAUUGAAAGACUUACAGCAUUACGGAGGGGCGGGAGAAUCGAUUAGAGCGGCCAUUUGUAACCCCAGGAAUGAGGAGUUGCAACAGAAGGCAUGGGCUGACGUUUGUCCCUUGGUAGCACGGCUCAAGAGAUACUUUGAAUACUCACAGAAAAUUGAGAAGGCUUUGCGGCCGUUACUGCAAGAGUUAUGCACCGACGUGGACAUGAAACCUGCCGAACACCUUGACAGUCACCAAGCACUGGCGAAACAGUUUGCUAAGAUACUCCACUUCACUCUCAAGUUUGAUGAUCUUAAGAUGACCAAUCCAUCAAUUCAGAAUGACUUCAGUUACUACCGGAGGACGCUUAGUCGAAUCAAGAUGCAAGACACGGACCAAGGCCAGAACCGCACCUUUGCCGUCAACAAUGAGAUGGCCAACAGAAUGUCCCUGUUCCUGGCCGAGGCUUGCCCCAUGCUCAAAGUCCUGAGUGACUCCACUACGAAGUUCGUCACUGAGUGCAAGCAGGUUCCACUUGAGAACACAACAGACGUACUGAGCACGAUGGUCUCGGUCUGCAAACUCAUGAUAGCAAGAAGCGAGCACUUCUCAAGAUUCCAAAACGAAGACACCUCUCUUUUCUGUAUGCGUAUCAUGGUCGGCCUUAUAAUUCUGUAUGAUCAUGUCCACCCGGUCGGAGCAUUCGACAAGAAAUCAAGCAUAGAUGUGAAAAGUUGCAUUAAGGUGCUGAAGGACCAAAAUCCCAAUGAGUUUGAAAAUCUGAUGAAUGCACUGAGGUACAACAGCAAACAUUUUAACGAUGAAAGCACACCCUACUCCACCAGGGCCCUCCUUACCUGAGCUGACCUUUGACACGACCUGCAGGGUCACCAGACUCGCGAUCCUUCCAUUCAGUGUAUCUUCCUAGGAACGUCUCAUCACGGAACAGCGUUCUUGUGUUUCAGCCAGACUGUUCAAUUUCAGCCAAAUAAAACCUGUCUUUUCUCUGGGAAUUAAAAAGUAGGUGAGAGAAAUUUGAGUUUCACUUCGAUAUAUUUUGUGAAAUAUGAAUAUUUCUAAUAAUUAUAAUUUGUGGUAAUAUGAUUCUGUGGAAAAACUUGAAAUCCAAAUUGAAUGGUUUUAUUUCCCGAUCUUAAAUCUAAAGCACGCAUUCUUCAUAAAGCCAAGGAACAAAAAUACUCUUGCCUUUUGCCCUUGACCUUUUUUUGAAAAAAAUUAGAAUUGCAGUAGUCACAUGGAACAUGUAUUUAAAAAAUGUCAUUGUAAAGAUAUGUUUUAUAAUGCUCUGAAGACAUUUCGGAGUAAUUGCAGAAUACCCCGCCACGCGAAAAUUACCCCCUAAAAAUAAAUGGCUACGCAGUCGGAAAAUGUUGCAGAAAUGUCCAAAGUACAUGUAGAUGUCGGGAAGUGGAUACGCGGAUACAAUAUACGGGGUGGAUUUGAGCGCUGGAGGGUCUAAAGAGGGCGCUAUUUCCCUGUAUUAUUUAUGAGAACGAAGCAUCCAUAUAUCCAUGUUGGAAAAUAACGAAGGCGCUAGGCAGAGACAACGUGAUUUGAAUGGGGAGCAGGGGAAAUCCAAAGUAGGUGCCGGGAAGUGGAUACGCGGAUACGGGGAUACGGAGUGGCACACGCGUGUGGUUUUGG